UAUAACUAAGUAAGCAUGCUGAUCCGCAACGUUGAGCUGGAAAAGAAAGCUUGUAUGAUCGUCAACUGGUAUGAUCUGUUUCGCAAGAAUACGAUUAAAGCGUGCAUCGUGCCGGUCCCGGCUGAAGUGCUGGAGUACCUCCGACAGGACAUGCUAAUCCUGCCGGCAGAGUGUUCCAACAUCAGUUCCAACGUUAGCGCCUCGGAAGGAUACCAAACGACACACUUCAAUGCGUUCGACGAUCAGUUCGGAGACUCCGACGGUGACGAUCAGGAUCCCCCACAGCCACAGCCUACGUUUCCUGCAUUUUCUAAAACCCUUACGGACGCGAUCCGCAGUUUGGGUGGUUCCGCAUUUCUGAAGAGCGAUUGGCACUGCCCGAAAGAUGCCCAGUGGAUAACUCUCGGGCAGACUCUGUGCGUGCGCGACAUCACGGACGUCUAUCAGCUGCUGAAAGCGUCCAGCUGCUGCAAGGAGGACUUCCGCGAGCGAUGCGACGCGAACGGGAGCGGGUUCCAUGUUGUGCUGAAAAAGUGGAAAGAUAUUCAUCCGGGAUCGGAGUUUCGAUGUUUCGUGCGCAACCGAUCGUUGGUGGCCAUUUCGCCCCGCCACUGGCCAUCGUACCAUGAGCACAUUGCGUGCGAGCGAAGUGACAUCGUGAACGACAUCGUUUCGUUGUUUAAGGAGAAAAUUAAAGAAACUUUCCCGUUGAAAGAUUAUGUUUUCGAUGUUUACCGACCUGCGAAGGACAACGUGAUCAUCAUGGACUUUUCGCUUUACGGAAAGGGGCACUCGGACAGUUUGGCUUUCGAUUACGAACAGCUUGAUGAGGAAGCGUCGGUGGCAACGAUCGAGGAGGAAGACGAUCCGGAGUUUCGCUAUCUGCCGAACGAUUGCGGCAUUCAGCCGAUCAAGCGCAACGUUUACGGAUUUCCGCAAGAUUUUAGUAACUUCCUUCAAAACGCUGCUCCCGCUGAGGGCAGUGUCCAGGGCGAAAGCAACAAUCUUGUGAACCGUUUGAUUGAACAGUGCAGUCUGCAGAAUCAACAGGACGAGAGUGAUUCGACUGGAGAUUCCGUGUAAAGGCUAUGCAUAGCUUGCCAAACGGAAGGAUAAUAUACAAACUAAGCAACAUUUAUCGGUUUUCAAAG